UUCAGUAAAAAAGAAAAAGGAAAAGUGAACUGUCUCUGUGUGUGGAAACUGAAGCAUAAAGCAAAGAACAGAGAGAGAACUUUCGUGGGAACCCCCAAAGCCAGCGUGGGACGGACAUUAGAAGAGAAGAAGAAGGGAAAGAAGGGAGCAGAGGAGGAGGAGUAGGAGGAGGAGGAGGAAAGGAACGAGCUCUUUUCCUAGAGAGGGUUUUGGUUGGAAGCUUGGGAAAUGGGGGGUGGAGCGUCGAGAUGGAAGAGAGCAGCCAAGAGGAUUGGGUUCCCCUGCGCCUCCUUCUCCAUCGAUCCCACCCCCACUCGCCGCCCAUCAAAAACCAUCUCGUGCUCCGCGGUGAGUGUAGCGGGAGACAAGACAGGAGAAAAACCGGAGGAAUCAGGACCCACCACCAUGUCUGAUAAGAGUCUAUGUGCAAUAUGUCUGGAGCCUCUCAGCAGCAGCAGUGGUGGUGGAGGUGGUGGCAGCGAUGACGGCGAUGAGAGCGGUGGUCAAGCAAUCUUCACAGCCCAGUGCAUGCAUGCUUUUCACUUCGUGUGCAUCGCAUCCAACGUCCGGCAUGGUAGCGUCACGUGCCCCAUCUGUCGAGCUCACUGGUCCCUCCUCCCGCGCGAUCUUACCAUCCCCGCCUCCCACAAUACGGAUCCCAUCAUCCGCAUCCUUGACGACUCCAUUGCCACAUCCCGCAUCAACCGCCGCUCCUCCAUCCGCACCACCCGCUAUGAUGACGAUGACCCCAUCGACCCGGACACCAUCACCGAAUCCACCCACCCUCGCCUCCUUUUCACCCUCAUCCCGGCCCCGGUUCCGUGCACCCACGGCCACGGCCACGGCCUCCACGGUCAUUCUCCGUGCAGGCAUUUGAUGUCGCUGCACCAUCAAUACCACCAUUUCACCAGCCCUUCUACUUCCGUGGUUCCACCGGCUACUUCGCCAUGCAAGCAGAAGAGAGUCUAUCUCUCGGUGAAGCUAUCGCACCAACAAGCCACCGAUCUCGUCCUGGUGGCGAGCCCCAACGGGCCUCAUCUGAGGCUCCUCAAACAGUCCAUGGCCCUUGUGGUCUUCUCGCUGCGUGCUGUGGAUCGGUUGGCCAUCGUCACCAACUCGGCUGCCGCCACCCGUGCCUUCCCGAUGAGGCGGAUGACGUCGCAUGGAAAGCGGUCGGCUCUUCAGGUCAUCGAUCGCCUCUACUACCUGGGUGAAGCCGACCCAGAUGAAGGGCUUCGCAAGGGGAUCAGGAUCCUCGAGGACCGGGCGUACCGGAAUCCACUCUCAUGCAUCCUCCACCUUUCGGACAGUCCUACCCGAGCCAAUGAUCUACAGGUCGCCAUCCCAAUCCACCGGUUCCAUGUUGGAUUCGGGUUUGGGAUGUCAAAUGGGUUUGUGAUGCACGAGUUCGAAGAGUUCUUGGUAAGAUUGCUUGGAGGCGCGGUGAGAGAGACCCAAGUGAGGAUAGGAGGGGAGGGAGGAGUGGUGAGGCUUGGAGAGCUGAGGGGUGGGGAAGAAAGAAGGAUUCCAUUGGAUUUGAUGGGUGAUUGUGGGUUCAUCACCGUUGGUUAUAGCUUCAUCGAAGGAGGAGCGGAUGAGAGGCUGAAGACGGGGGAGGUGGUGGUAGGGAUAGGGGAGAAGAGUGAAAGAAGCCAUGGUGGUUGUGAGCUGGGAGGGAGAGAUCUGAGCAUUGGAGGGAGGAGGAGCAGCUGUGUUGAGCGAUGGGAUUACCUCGACCCGUUCAUGGCUCGAAGAUGGGCGAAGCAUCUGCAUGGAUACAAGGCUUGAGAUGCUCCAAUGUUUGAAGUAUAUAUCGGCCAUAAACUCCAGAGAAGGUUCUUCCCUGAACUCCAGAAUCUUAUGAUGCAACUCAAGCUCAGCAGGAUUUAGCUUCAAUCCAUGGAAGUCUCCAAAUCAACGUCAGUUUCUAAUAUCUUCUUUCACCAAACUACAUGUGCCAUUUUCUUUCUUGUAUUCCUUUUUACCCCCCACCCCCCCAAUUUUCUAUUAUUUUAACUGUCGUGUGAGUGUGGAUUUCCUUUUACUUUUUUUUGUAACAACAUGCUUCGUAAGCAAUAUCUUGUUUCAUAGGUUCCUGUCUAAAACUUAUAUUUUAUAAUUCCUUUUUUUUUCCCGGGUAACAGCAUGGAAGGUGAAGGGACUACCAUUAAAUUAUAUGAAA